CGUUGCCCUCUCCUCCGCAGGCCUCCCGCCGGCAUGACUUUCCAGUGGACGGCCGUUGCCAUCUUCCUCUACGGGGAGGUAGCAGUAAUCCUCGUGCUCUGCCUGCCUUUCAUUUCUCCGCUGAGAUGGCAGAAGAUUUUUAUGAUUCCUCUAUGGAGCAAAAUGGCAUUUUUUUGGAACAAGACAUUCCUUACGAUAAUAGUUUUAUUGAUCGUCUUGUUUCUUGAUGCUAUUAGAGAAGUUAAGAAGUACUCAGCUGCUCAUGCGAGUGAAAAGGCUGCAAAUGUCAAUACCAGUGCCUUUGAUCAUACUCAGAUGAAACUCUUCCGAUUUUUAAAAAACCUUUAUCUCUCAGGUUUUUCCUUAUUUUUUUGGCUUGUAUUGAGACGUACUGUUACCCUUCUUACUCAGUUGGCAAAAGGGAUGGCAACUCAAGCAGCUCUGGAAUUGGAAGUAAACAACACUACGGAAGCAGCCAAAAAAACCAUGGCUGAGAAUGAAGUGCUGCAGCAGGCCUGGAAAGAAAAAGGGAGCAGUAAAAAGAAAGAGUCAGCGGAAGCAACCAAUGAAAAACUAAAGAAAGAAAUUGAACAUUUGAAAGCAGAGUUACGGAAGUCAUCAUAUGCUCACCUCAGGGUAACUAAUGAACUGACAGCAGUUAAAAAGCAGUCUGAAAGCCUUAAAAGAGAAUAUGACCGUCUUAUGGAAGAACAUGAACAGCUUCAGAACAGUUUAGGUGAAGCAGAAGACUGGAAAGACUUGUAGUGCACCUAAGACAGAUGGCCUUGAUACAGUUGCUUCGAUGUGAAAAGUCUUGUGCUGUUUAGACUCCUGAUGCAUAUGUGAAGCAAACUUGAUUUUUGUGAAAAGCACAUGCACUGCAGGUCACUGUUCAGAUUCCUCUAACGUAUCUUGGUUGCCAAUAUGUUCUGUGUUGCAAUUAAAAUAUUAAGUGGCUUGCCAGUUUUGCCAUGGAGCUUGUCGCUGCACUUGUAAGGAAAACCAUGAAAAUCUUUUAAUUCCAUCUGGAGCAACUUGGUCGCUCUGCAAGCUUUUGCCUUCCAAAACAGUAAGAGAUCAUGCACCAUUUGCUUGUAGCAUUUGACUGAGGUUAUAUAUCACGCAAAAUCAUGAACACGCAAUUGCACUAACCUCCUUGGCAACAUCUAUUAGGAGACUUCAGAAAUUCAGUUACCAGUGGGUUGAAGAAGGCAGAGAGCUUUUCAUCAAGCGUUCCACAUCUAUGGAAAAUCGAAUGACAAUCAGUUUAAAAAAAUAAAAUUGCCUUUCUAAAUCCGUCCCACUAGCCAUGUAACUCUCACUUAGCCACGUGGGUGAAUGUAUUUUUACAAAUAAUAUUUUGCAUGCCUCUGGUUUAUUCUUCUUUAAUACAUUGUGUUAUUUGAGUUUUCAUAACCAAAAUUUUGGGUUGGUUGGUAUUAACAUUCUGUAUUUUUUUUCACUGUUUACAUCUGUUUACUCUGUGUGUGCCACCUAACUUCUCUUGCCUUGCUGAGUAAAAAUUCUUUUUAACUGUUGAUGGUUGGUUUGUUUUUUCAUGGAUACUAUACCUCAAAUAAAUGUGCACUGUUUUGCAAAAGCCCUUUUUGACAUUCUGAAAGUUGUUUUGAGUGUCUUUUUUGUUAAUUGGUUCUAAUUUGUAUUUGAAAGUUGGAUAUGUUUAUUAUAUUAAAGGUAUUGUUUAAGUUCCAGA